AUGGCGUCGGAGAAUACGGGCGCCCGCAACAACUACGCACGACCGACGGAAUACGGCCGAAAAUGGGAGGGCAGGUUUCUCGAACAAAUUUCGAGUGGGUGUACACGGACGAGCCCCACGCUACAAGGAGAAAGGAGAUCAUGGGACGUUGGGGUCAAAAUAAAGUCAGUCAAGCAGAACAAACUAUUCCAGACUAGCAGCGGAAAUGAACAGACGCUCAGAAGGCGACAUGGAAAUUUAAAACAUCUUACAUGCUUUUAUUCUGUUACAGCCAAGCACCCAAAGAUAAAGGAGCUGUUCGGCCAUGACCCUACCGUAGUAAACAAGGUGGUGUUCAUGAUCGCCCUACAGCUGAUGGCCUGCUACUUCGUACAGGAUGUAUCCUUGCCUAUAAUAAUCCUAUUGGCGUGCUGUUUCGGUGGCGUCAUCAACGCCUCCAUGAUGACGGCUAUCCGCGAGAUUUCACACAACCUGGCCUUCGGACACUCCCGGCCGCUUCACAACCGUAUCCUGGGCAUUGUGGGAAACGUCAUCAUUGCAGUACCCGUUCCCAUCACCUUCAAGAAGUAUCAUCUUGAGCAUCACAAGUACCAGGGACAUGAAAAGGUGAAUGUGGACCUGCCAUUAAAGAUGGAGGGAGUUCUCUUCCGCACCAGCUUUACCAAGUUCAUCUGGCUCUUCCUGCAGCCCUUCUUCUAUGGCCUCCGCCCACUUUUCAUGCGACCAAAGCCUGUCUCAGGGCUGGAGAUCAUCAACACCACUGUCCAAAUCGCUUUUGAUGUGUCCAUUUGGUACUUCUUCGGAGUUAAAUCCCUAGCAUACCUGAUAAUCGGCAGCCUGCUCGCUUCUGGAGUCCAUCCCAAGGCCGGUCAUUUCAUCUCAGAUCACUACAUGUUCAAGAAAGGCUACGAGACCUAUUCCUACUACGGUCCACUGAACGCACUCACCUUCAACGCUGGGUAUCACAACGAACACCAUGACUUCCCCAACAUUCCUGGGUGCAGACUUCCUAAGGUAACGUCUUAAAGUUGAAAAUUCACUUCAAGAUCGCGACAAAAAGAAAUUAAGAUACAGUUGUUCACGGAUACCUGUUUGGUAAAUGCACAAUGUCUAAAACAGGUCACGUGUUUAAGCACUAUUUGCAACCCACACUGAAAUAUAACACUGUUACCUAACUGUAUCUGCGUAUAUUAUAAACAAUAUGUGAGAAUUGUACUCGGCAGUUAUCAGGUAAAAUAGUAUUGUUAUACUUAAAGUUAGAUAUUUGAUAGGGAUAUAGAAAUCGCUAUGAUCUGCAUGAACGCAAGUAAUUCUCACAAUUCACCAGGUACGUGAGAUCGCCCCGAGUUCUAUGAGAACCUUCCUAACCACACAUCGUGGACCCGCGUCCUGUACGACUUCGUCACGGACCCGGACAUCGGACCGUACGCCCGCGUCAAGCGCCGGGGGAAACCGUUCCCCACCAACCCUGCCGAGCUAGAUGGAGAUGGUGAUACCAAGGCAGAGUGAUAUAACACGUAAAAACAAGUAACCUUACCAUUGAUACUUUUACAGUUUUUCUACAUACAUAUAUGUUCCGACUGUAGAUUUUUUUAAAGGGCGGUCUGCUUAUAAAUGUUCAAUAAGCGGGUAAACUUUUGACCUUGUCGUGGAGAAAGGUUACAAGAAUGGCUAAGGAUAUGCUUCGUUUCAUUCGCUUGUACCACCCUUCUGAUUUUCCUUAGCAAGUACACGGUUCCCUCUUCCACAAAGGUAAAUCGUUUCUAUACUUUUUUUCAUAUAUUUAACUUUUUUG